AUGGUAUGUUCUACUAAACAAUGCGUAUGUAAGAAUGAGAAAGAGAUAGAGAAUGAGAAAAAGGUGGAGGAUGAUAUUUGGUGUGAUUCAGACGUUAUUCCAAAUAAUGAUAUUAUACGACAUCAUUAUAAACAAGGUUACUUGGAUGGUUUAACUUCAAAUAAAGAAAAUAGUUUACAAUGUGGAUUUAACUUGGCUUAUCCAAUUGGUGCCGAAUUGGGUAUAAAAGUUGGUAAAAUCCUAGCUACUGUAAAAUGUAAUAAUGAGGAAAGUUUUGAUAAUGCUAAAAAUCAAUUAAAUAUUAAAAAUAUAUUAAAUAAUAAGUAUUUUGAUAAUGAUUUAAAUUUAUUAAAUGAUAGUCAUGAAUUGAUAAAUAAAUGGGAAAGUAAACCGAAUGCUAUUGAACAGUAA